CGGGUGGGAGGCAGGCUUGGCUUCCUUGCGCCAAGAGGCUACUGUCCCUCCCCGCUCAGCCUCACACGGGGUAUUGCAGCAGUGGUGGCAGUCGCACCACUCAUUCGGGCACUGAGGAAGCAAUUGAUUCGUCUGCUGCCAGCAGCCUGAAGUUGCCUACGCCAACAGGAGAGAGAGAGAGAGAGAGAGAGAGAGAGAGAGAGACUGACUCUCAUUGAGCGAAACCUUUAUCCAUGUGGAGCGCAGUCUGAGGGAGUGAGGGAGCCACUGCCUUUGCCUUGUGCAUAGACUGGACUCAGUUUUCCUCUCCUAGUACUGGCACCUCCGCUGAGCUUUCAGAAACCCUGUCAUUGGGAGUUAGCCUGUUCCCACCCGCCAGGGAAGAGAGGAGUUGGCAAGACUCGGUCGCCAGUCCCUCCCGCAUUCCUCCAGCGUUGUGUCACACACCCCUCCUAGGGCCCACUUUGACUAGUCAGCCUGCCUCAGGGUCCCCUCUGCUUGGUGUCUUCCAGGAGCAACUGCCUGCCGCCAUGACUGACACCGUGCUCAGCAAUGCCUCCAGCCGCUGGAUGUGCCCCAGUGACAGACCACUCCGAAAGCUGCAGGCAGGCUGGUCAGUCCACCCCAGUGGUCAGCCGGACAGACAGAGGACACAGGAAGAGCUGACAGAUGAGGAGAAGGAGAUCAUCAACAGCGUGAUCGCGAGAGCCGAGAAGAUGGAGGAGAUGGAGCAAGAACGUAUUGGGCGCCUGGUGGACCGUCUGGAGAAGAUGAGGAAGAACGUGGCUGGUGACGGGGUGAACCGCUGCAUACUGUGUGGAGAACAGCUGGGGAUGCUGGGCUCCUCCUGUGUGGUGUGUGAGGACUGUAAGAAGAAUGUCUGCACCAAGUGUGGGGUGGAGACCUCCAACAACCGCCCGCAUUCCGUGUGGCUCUGCAAAAUCUGCAUCGAGCAGAGGGAGGUGUGGAAACGUUCUGGAGCAUGGUUCUUCAAGGGCUUCCCCAAACAGGUCCUCCCACAGCCCAUGCCUAUAAAGAAGGCCAAGCCCCAGCAGCCUGUCCGUGAGCCUGCUGCCUCAGAGCAGCCCACUCCUAAGCCCAAGCACAUUACCCAGGCUCCACCUCAAGGCCCUGAGCCGGCCUCUGCUCCCAGCUAUGGGCCUCCUGUGCGCAGGGCCUCAGAGGCACGGAUGAGCACGCCUGGCCGGGAUCCCGAGAGCUGGGAGCAUGGGCAGGGAGGAGCCGCUGGCAAUUCCGGCCGGAGCCCAGCAGGUGUGAGACGGGCCAACUCAGUCCAGGGCCCCAGACCUGGUCCUGCAGGAACGCUGAGCCCAGCACCCCCUCAACCUGGGCAGCCAGUACCCCCAGGAAGCAGCAGACCCAGCCCUGGGCCAGCAGGACGCUUCCUGGACCAAAGAGCAGAGGGGGCUCCCAGUGAGCCUGGCCCCAUGGGGACCACUGCCACUCCCUGGGAGGAGAGGAUGACAGGAGUUGGCAGCUACUCAGCAGCUGGAGCCAGGGAGGACCGAGUGGGCCACCCCACGGGCCCCUAUUCCCAAGUAUCUGCAGCUGUCCCCCAGCCUGCUGUGGCCCCCGCCCGCCAGCCUCCACCACCAGAGGAGGAGGAAGAGGCCAACAGCUACGACUCUGAUGAAGCAACCACCUUGGGAGCCCUGGAGUUCAGCCUCCUCUACGACCAGGACAACAGCUCCCUCAACUGUACCAUCAUCAAGGCCAAGGGACUGAAGCCCAUGGAUUCCAACGGCCUGGCUGAUCCCUACGUGAAGCUGCAUCUCCUGCCAGGAGCCAGCAAGUCCAAUAAGCUCCGUACAAAGACCCUGCGGAACACCCGGAACCCCGUCUGGAACGAGACACUGGUCUACCAUGGCAUCACAGAUGAGGACAUGCAGAGGAAGACACUCAGGAUCUCUGUCUGUGAUGAGGACAAGUUUGGCCACAAUGAGUUUAUUGGUGAGACCAGAUUCUCCCUCAAGAAGCUGAAGCCCAACCAGAGGAAGAAUUUCAACAUCUGUCUGGAGCGGGUGAUCCCGAUGAAGCGUGCCGGGACCACUGGCUCAGCCCGAGGCAUGGCCCUGUAUGAGGAGGAGCAGGUGGAGCGGAUUGGGGACAUCGAGGAACGCGGCAAGAUCCUGGUGUCCCUGAUGUAUAGCACUCAGCAGGGAGGCCUGAUCGUGGGCAUCAUCCGCUGUGUGCACCUGGCUGCCAUGGAUGCCAACGGCUACUCAGAUCCAUUCGUCAAACUCUGGCUGAAACCAGACAUGGGAAAGAAGGCCAAACACAAGACUCAAAUUAAGAAGAAAACCUUGAAUCCUGAAUUUAAUGAGGAGUUUUUCUAUGACAUCAAACACAGUGACCUGGCGAAGAAGUCACUGGACAUCUCAGUCUGGGACUAUGACAUCGGCAAGUCCAAUGACUAUAUUGGUGGCUGCCAGCUGGGCAUCUCAGCCAAGGGUGAGCGCUUGAAACACUGGUAUGAGUGUCUGAAAAACAAGGACAAGAAGAUUGAGCGCUGGCACCAGCUGCAGAAUGAGAACCACGUGUCAAGCGACUAGGGUGGCACCCAGGUCCCCAACUCCAUACCCAACUCCUUGCCCUGGUCAUACACAUCCCUGGCCCACCCCACCCUGUCUGCCCCAGCUGCCUGCUGUGCCCUGGUCUCUCUCCUGUAGUACACCCACCCGACUCUCUGGGAGUCUGUCCUCCCCAUGGGCACUGCACCAAAGACCCCCCCCCCAGGGAGCAGUACCUCUCUGGCCCCUCUUAAUGUAGUAGGAGGCUGGGGUUGGGGCGAGGGGUUAAGUGGAGGCAAUCAACAGCCUCUCAGUGUGGGGAUGAUUAGAAAGACACUUCAUCAUCUGGGGCUGUUUCUGGACCCUGCUGACCUCAGACACAUGCCAGAACUGGCUCUGCCCUCUGGUGCCUGCAUAUGUACCCAGCUGCCAACAGACCCAGAAAGGCUGUGAGGAUGGACGCUAGAGCAGAAACUGAACCUCGGGGUUCCCCCCACCCCCACCAACCCUAAUGACCAGGAAAACAGACCACCACCGAGUUUGAACAUCCUGAUGACCCCAAACACACUCACCAAGCCUGACAUCCCUGCCAAAGGCAUCAAGAAAUGGGCAUGUGGAUGUCCAAAGGGGCUCGGCAGCUCCCCUCUUUCAGGAUCUCCUCUACUUGCUUAGCUGCCUGAAGUAGCAUCUCUUUCCCCUCUCCCUCCCUCUUCUUUCCUCUGCUGAGUCUCCCCUCUCCCUUACCACCUAAAACUUCCCCCUUCCCUUACUUCCUCCCUCUACUUCUCUUCUUCUUCCUUCUUCUCUCACCCAAGCUAAGGGGGGUAAUUAGGAGAAGCAAAAAAUACACGUAGCACAGCCUCCUUACCUCAGACUCUGAGGAACCAGCAAAACCCGAGUC